GCAAACUUUAAGGCGGAACACAAUCUUUGGGGGAUUUGUGUGUGUUCAAACUUCUGGACCCCACCUCGCAUUUCUAAUUCAGAAGGUCUGAGAAGGGGCCCCAAGAACUUGCAUUUUUAUCAAAUCCUUAAUGAUGAUGUUAAAACUGCUAGUUCAAGGGUUAUACUUUGAGAGCUCUGAUGAAGUACCAAUUAUAAAUACUUGUAAAACAAGGGUGGUUUUCUUCUCCUCAACUAAUGUCUCAUCAUGAAGUCCAGCCACUUUCGACCCCCAGCCUCCAUUUCAGACAAAUACAUAUCAUCUGUAGAAUGGGAUAAUUUUCUUACAGGAGCUUGGAACAGUUUAAUGAAGUUUUAGUAUGCACAGCAGUUGCCAAACUCAGUGUCUUGCCCUUUAUAGACCUCCUGACCCGUCAGGUACUGGCAUCUGCUGUGCAACAACCACUAAGGUUGUCAGUUAUGAGACAGCUGGGAAUUUGCACAGCCAUGCCUCUCCCCUCCCCGAAAGCACAGCAGGGAAAUUCCAUGUCUGAUUCCUUUCCUUUAGGACUGUCAAUGGCAGGCUACCAGCUCUGGUCACCAUGGACCCCACUGGAUGAGAGCUUCCAAUGGCUGCGGCACACUACACCUACCCCUUCCUCCAAACACCCUUUUAGGGCCUCUCCUUGCUUCCCCCACACCCCCUCUGACCUUGAAGUGCAGUUGUGCCUUCAAGAAGUCACGCUUGUCCUAGACAGACCACUUGUGGAACCUGGAGAGAGCCCCAAGUUACCCUGCCACACAUCAGAGCUCCGAGCCGUGAGUAACAAGAAAGGGGUGGUGAGGAAGCCGCAGCCAGUCCGCCUCAGUGGAGUGGAUUCUGUUUUCGGUAGGGUCAUCACAGCCCAGCCACCCAAGUGGACUGGAACCUUCAGAGUUUCAGACAAGUCAGCCUUCUGCAAAAUAAUCAGCAGGGAGCACCAGUGGCCUACAGGGCUCAAGGAGCCUCAGGUCCAAAUGACAGUGACUAUGUGCAAACAGAUGCUACGCUCAAUCCUCUUGCUGUAUGCGACUUACAAGAAGUGCACCUUCGCCUUGCAGCACUCCAAGUAAAGGGUCCCCACUGGACCUCCACACCAGCUCUCUGAAACAGGACCAACGAUACUGAGCGAGGAGGAGCAGUUCUACUCUAAAGCUGGAUGGCCGUUUCAAAGUUAACCUAACUUUGAUGUGCAUGUGCGAAAAUGAUUACCUUAUCAUAGAAAUAAGCCAGCCUAGUUGAGCACACCUUAAAUGCCAAAGACAAUGAUGAACUGGUGAAGAAAGAGAUGCCAAGAAAAGACAGGUAUGGAUCUCUGGAUACCAGAGGAUGAAGGGGUCAAAAAAAUCUAUAAAUGGGUUAAGGACUAAUUUAAAAACAGCAUUCCCUCCUCAAAUCAAUGUGAACAAGUAAAACAAAAACAAAAAACCAACAACAACAACCCAACAAAACAUAACUUUAAUACCGGUAUGAGUAAAAAUAUUAACAAAAAUUAAAUAAUCUUAAUGGCACAGCGAGGAAGAGCCUGGCAGCAUCUCUGAGACUGGGCUUCCUGGCAGAAGACAGAAGAAUCCCCUAUUUUAACUCCUGAUGUUCUAUUUCUAAUAAAUUACAAUUAUUUUGUAUGAUUAUUACAAAUAUAUUAUAGGCAUAAUUCAAAUUAAUGUGGAAAUAAAAACUAUAUAUACAUACAAAGCCA